UUCAACGCCUUCAAAGUCAACUCUCCAUCCUCCCUCUCCACUCUCAUCUUCUGCCUCUCUAGAUUUUGAUGCUCCUACCGUCUCCGUGAUCUCUCGUUUUCACAUCGAUGGGUAAUCGCGCGGCGAAAUUGAGUCCCUGCUUCCUGGCCGGAGGUUGCCCUGCUGGCAGCGCCGCGGCCGCCGUCGCGUCGGAGCCCGUCGACGAGGGGCUCGGCCACUCCUUCGUUUUCGUCGUCCCCGACGUGCCCCGUCUCGCCCGAACCAGCUCCAACGCCUCCGCCUCCGCCCGCAUCCUUCACGGCGACGAUGGCUGCGGCGGCGGCGCCGCCUUCCGGUCGAUAUCUGGCGCAGCGGUAAGCGCCAACGUGGCCACGCCGCUCUCCACGGCGCCUCUCUUCCAGCGCAUCGAGCUCGCCUGCUCCUUCUCCGCCUCCUUCGAGAGCUCUUCCUCGUUCGCCUCGAUUCCCCUGCAGCCGCGUCUCUCUGGUUCGUUCUCCGGCCCCAUCAGCUCCGACCGCCAACACUUCCACUCCGGCCCCAUCGACGGCGGCUUCCAGUUCCACUCCGGCCCCAUCGAGCACGUCCAUGCUUCCGGAUUCUCUUCCGGCCUCCUCGACCGCCGCCCCUCCACCUCCUCCUCCUCCGGCCACAAUUACCGCACCCUGUCCCAGCGCGUCGCCGACCGCCUCGCAGACCACCAGCGCCGCAAUCUUCUCCGCCGCAUCACCAAAUGCGUCGGCCGCGCCGCCUCCAAGCUCACCUGCAUGCCACCGCCGCCCGAAGCUAAUCCCUCGAAGGAACCACCACCGUCCGCCACCGCGACUUUGACCGACAUCAAAGGCGGGAUCUUCCCCGACUCCACCACCGAACCCAGCAGCAACUCGACCACUAUCCAAAGCAGCGGCACCGAGGCGACCAACUCCGACUCCAUCGGCGACGAAUCCGACUUUCACGACGGCACCAACGCCCACGUGCACUGGGCGCAGGGGAAGGCCGGCGAGGACCGGACGCACGUGAUCGUGUCGGAGGUGCACGGGUGGGUGUUCGUCGGCAUCUACGACGGCUUCAACGGCCCCGACGCCACCGAAUUCCUCCUCGCCAAUCUCUACAAAUCCAUCCAGAAGGAGCUCAAGGGUCUGCUCUGGGACGACAAGCCCCAAGCCGACCAACAAGUGCUCGACGAAAUCCCCCACCCAGAAAUUCCGCACCCCAAAUCAACCUCCUCCGCCGCCCCCGCCUCCGGCGGAGCGGUGGAUCACAGGGCGGUGCUGAGGGCGCUGUCGCAGGGGCUGAGGAACACGGAGGCGGCGUUCCUGCAGAUGGCCAACAAGAAGGCGGCCACCAACCCGGAGCUGGCGCUGAUGGGCUCCUGCGUGCUGGUGAUGGUGAUGAAGGGCGAGGACGUGUACCUGAUGAACGUCGGCGACAGCCGCGCGGUGCUAGCCCGGCGGGCGGAGUCCGACCUCUGGAACUUGGUCGGGAAGGCGACGCAGGAGCUGAGGGAGGAGACGCUCAAGUACCUGGAGUCCUUCGACGACGAGGAGCUGGCGGCGCUGCAGCUCACCCCGGAUCACAGCACCUCCAACGACGACGAACUGAGGAGGAUCAGAGGCGAGCACCCCGACGACCCGGCCGCCAUUGUCAAUGGCAGAGUGAAGGGAUCGUUGAAGGUUACGAGAGCAUUCGGAGCAGGAUACCUGAAGCAGCCGAAAUGGAACAAUGCGCUGCUGGGGGCGUUCAGGAUCGACUACAAGGGCAACUCGCCCUACAUCACUUGCAAUCCCUUCCUCUGCUACCACAGAGUGGGGCCCAAGGACAAGUACCUCAUCCUCUCCUCCGACGGCCUCUACCAGUACUUCACCAGCCAGGAAGCGGUGACCCAGGUUGAAAUGUUCCUCGCAACGAAUCCCGACAGCGAUCCGGCUCAGCAUCUGGUCCAAGAAGUCUUGUACCGAGCCGCCGACCGAGCCGGACUUCAAUUUAAUCAAUUGCUCGAUGUACCACAAGGAGACAGAAGAAAAUACCAUGAUGAUGUUUCCGUCAUCAUCAUCUCUUUAGAAGGAGGGAUGUGGCAGUCCUCCUGUGUGUAAAUAAUAAAUUCAGAGAUUAUAUUUUUCAUUAAGAUGUUCUUUAAUUUCUCAUAGCAAUUCAAGAGAUGAGAAUGAGAUGAUUAAUUAUGUUCAGGAGCAAAAGGAGAUUAAUUAAUUAA